AUCUUUAUACAUUGAGCUAUUACAGUUACUAUAUCUUUGUCUCCAUGCUAGAUACGAUUGGAAAGCAAAGGUGGGAGGAACUCAUCAAUUGUGUUCUGCACAAAUGGGAUUUUAUUGAGGGUGCUAAUUUCUGAAGGGGCUGGUAGGUUGAAACAGAAGGCGGAGCGAAACCUGCAAAGCGAGAGAUUUCUGGCAUUACUCACAUUAUCAUGGAGGAAAUUUUUGUAUCAUCUUUUGCUGCUGCUGCAUAUUUGAAGUCCAUUAAUUUCCCAAAAGAUGAAAAGUGCAAUUGCUAUGGAGCUAAUAUCAAUUGAUAUCAGCUUUUGAAUGAGACUUGACUGUGGAAAUAUUUCACAAUGGGGGGUGUCAUCGGUAAAGCUGCAAAUGGAAUUGGAGGUGUUAUUGGAAGUGCAUUUGCAGCUCCAAUCAAGACUAUCUUUGGUGCAUCAUGCGAGUAUGCUAUUGAUACAAUGCAAUCUGUCUGCCUUAAGGAAGCUGGGGUAAAGGCAUUGGGCUCUUUGGAAGAAGAAACCACUUUAAUGGGCCUUACAUUUGGAGGCUACCUCCGUUUGAAGGCUGAUGAGGAGUCUAUCUACCAAGCUUUGAGCACAACCGUGGGAGUUUUGGACAGCAUUGAAGCAACAAUUGCCAAAUUCUUUUCAAAGCAGAUUGAGACAGUCCUUUUUAUUCUUACAGAGCUCAGAAGCAUGUUUGAACUAGAAGAUGAGUUUCUGGAGGAACUGGAGUUGGCUAUAGCCUUGGUUUCUACAUUAUUGGCAAAGGAGGAAAGUGUACAAGUACAUCUCAUCCAAGCUGCCAAGGAGUCAAGGAGAGGCCAAGAUCACUGAAAAUAAGCAUCAAACUCACCACCUCAUGCAGGCUAUACAAAUGAUAGUGCAGGACAAUCUCACUUAACACCUCAUAGGGAUCAUGG